AUGCUACCGGAGCUCCUAAAAGAUCUGGAGAAGCUCGCCGCGACUCGCAAUAUCGCCGUCGUCGUCUUAUCACAAUGUGUGACGAAAAUGCGUCCAGGAUGUGGUGCAGUUCUUGUCCCCGCUGUCAGCACUACUGCGUGGGAGCAAGGUCUCGGUUGUAGAGUUGCUUUAUUCAGGGACUGGGGAUGGAACAAUGAAGAUGGACAAGCCGUAAAUAAUGUGAGGUUAGCCCAAGUCAUUAAGGCUGAAGGAACUGCUCUACCUGAUGGGAGACAGAAGGUGGUGGGGUUCUUCAUCGAUGAGAAUGGAUUGGAGCUUCUAGAUCUACCAUCAACCACUCUUUUCGACCCCUCCCGCCCACAACUUCCAGCGGCAAGGAAUUUACCGUCCACUCCAAUCCUCCCGCAGAAACGAAAGAUUUCAGCAACUGACCUUGAGGUGCCAGAUAGUGAAGGCGAAGAUGAUGAAGACUACGGUUGGGCUGAAGACGACGAGGAGGCUGUGCCUGUCAUGCCACCACAAUGGCAAGGCAGCGAGGACAUCUUGAUACCUCCUCAAGGAGAGCUUGAAGUUGAAGACGCAGAGGAGGAACAAGAAGAUGAAGUAGAGGGCGAGGAAGAGGGCCCGAAAGAAGAGAUAGAUGAUAGCGAAGAUGAACUUGCUCUUUGA